AUGGCUUUCCUAAAUUUUGCCAGCUCUACUUGUUUUCAGACAGACUUUCUACUACGGAUCAAAUUCAACGAAACUUUCACGGGACUGAUCCAAACCGAGAAAGGCGAUCCGAAUUGUGUCUAUGUGAAUGCAUCGAUCCAACGCGGUACCGAUUAUGAAGUCAAGAUUCCUCUCAUUGGCUGCGAAACAAGACGAAAUGAUGAAGGAAAUUACGAGAAUGAAAUCUCAGUCCAAAAUACAGAGAGGUUCGAUGCGAAGAACGACAAACGUUACCUAUUGACAUGUAUCCCAGCAAAUCCCAUAUUCAGGAGUGAUAGCCCACAAACAACCGCAAACAACGAUCGCUUCGUAAACAGCCGCGACUUUUCCAGAGACUCACAUGUGACCGUAUCCUUCGGUGGUGUCACAAUCGAUACACAAUCAACUACGGUAAUGACGAUCGUUAGCUCUCCUAAGAUCGACUAUCAGGUGUCUGUUCGUGACGGUGAUGAGCCAACAGCACCACAACUAAAGCGACCGUUAGCGGUGGGAGACCGAGUGACAUAUACAGUACAUCUGGGACCAUCGAAUAAUGGUCGCAUUGGACGGUGCUGGGCAAGUGAUGGAAAAAGCGAGCUUGAACUAAGCGACAAUGACGGUUGUUCCGUACAACGUGCAGGAGAGGUCAGUACCUGA